CCAGCUGGGACUGUGAGGGCAGCAAGCAAAAGCAAAGCAAGCUAACGCGGAGGCCAGAGAAGACGAAGAGAAGCCGAGGGCGCCGUGGAACCAACACUUUUAUGGUUUGCGGCAGCGACGCAUCCGUGUUCGGAGACGGCAGACGUUGGCAUCUGCCGUGACCUGCAGCACGAUGGCCCUCAACCUAUGGGAUAGUAAGGUUCUGCAGCUGAUCGCCGCCGGUCUGCUGCUUUUCUACGUUUGGAUGGACGUGGCCCUCUACUACCAAGUGCAGGCUAUGCCGGUAUCGAACGGAAAGGGAAGUGCAGCCAGCAGCUCAUCAUCGCCUUUCGCCCAUGUGACGAUGAAAGCCCUUUUGCUCGACCACACGACGCACUACGUGCACAAUCCGCUGGCCGUCUGGUUUAACGAGGCCACGAACUUUGCAGAGGUUUUCACGUGGAUCACGGCUAACAUGGUUAGCUUCAGUCAUGUGGUCGUCGCUGUUGUCGGAAUGAAGCUGCUCUGGAGUGAUUCUCUCUCUACCAGACAGCUCGGCGUCUUACUCUUUGAGGUGCGCUCCUUCCUCGACGCCUUCGAUGGAACGCUGGCGCGCGCCAGGGCGCACAGCUCUCUCGAGGAGCCGGGCAUCGGGUCUUCAGGACACCUGAUCGACGGCGCGUGCGACGCCCUCGGCUGCACGGCCAUGUUUUUCGGCUGCCUGGGAAUACUGCGACGCAAGCCGCCGCCGCACUACUCAGCCCUGCCCGGUCCCGGGGGCAAAGAGGCCAGGGAGACGCUGGCCCAGUCGAACCGCCGCGCCCUCGUGCUCGUCGGUUGCGCCGCUCUGCAAAUGACCCUGAGCUCUCUCUUCUGGAACAGGACUCUCAGCGAGUACCACGAUCUCCUAGAAAUCCCUGGAUCGACUUAUUCUACUAGGGUAAUUCAAAACACUGUGUUCAAGUCGUCGGCCCUGUGGAUCACAGUCUGGUUCUGGCGGCUUACCAAUCCACACGCCAUGAUGGAAAUGAUCUUGAUUAGCAUAUUCCUGGACAAAUUAUGGCAUUUCCUGUCGUGGAUCCAGUACAUAGGGUUCGUGAUCCUGCUGGUACAAGUGUCGAUAACAGAGACGCACCUGCACUACGUCCAGGACUUGAUCCCGGCAGUGAACUCCAGCAUGAUGACUCCGCUCUCGGGACGAUAGCCUCGAAUAAUUUCGGCUAUCUGAACGCGCUGUGAUCUGAACGGUAGUCGUUGCCGGGCGCAGUUUUUUCUCGCGCUGAACUCAAUCAAAGUGACAAUGACGGAAUGACGCAAUGCAGACUCCCGUGAUAGCUUCUGUCCUGACAAGACAAUUUAAAGUUGCGUGUAAAUACCGACGAGCACAUUUGGAAUUACUGCGCGCCUCGCGUCGCAGUUCUCACUGAUCAAAAGACUCCUACUGUAAACCUACUGACUCGCACCUUGCAUGCCUACACACUGCUUGGAUGGUUGAAAAAAUAAUUUAUUUGUAUGGAAUGGCCCAAACCGCAAAUUUGGGCCGUUGGAUUCGCAGGGGUCGCCUGAUUUUGUCUGAAAUUGUCAGGAAAGAUAAUCGUCUUUUUUCCAUGCUUCUCAGCAAUAACUUUUAGCUUUCCUAAGUCACUUGCAAAAGGCCAAUCGUUGGAAUAGUCAUGAUAUAAAGGCGAUAUCUUUGGUUGCUUCCUGGACAAAAUUUUAUUCUUAAUUUUAAUUAAAAGCCUACUGGUAAUAAAGCAGGGACAAACAAUGAAGUUCCUUUCCUCAAGAUGAAUUCCUUCAACUCUCAUAAUUUUUUAUAUGGAGGGGAUUUUCAUUUUAAAAAAGAUUUAAAUUGUUUCUUGAGGAGUCAAAUAAAAUAUCAAGCAAUUUAAAAUCGUUUUCCAAGUUUUAUCAACGGAAGCACCAAAUUUCCUGUUCAUCCCAUUUGGACAAAAUAGGCGCCUCCAUUUUUUUGCAGGCCAGUUGCGGGUCACCAUGGUACUCUAAUCAAGCGUUAACUAUUGAAAACCAAAUCGUAAACGCAAUCCGGCCUCUUUACGUGUAUCGAUUUUAACAAAUAAUAAUAAUAAUAACAAUGCUACCCUCUUAAAUGUUUAACCAUCCUCAAAAUAUAUAUAUUGUCUAUGAAACGAUAAUCAAAACAGCAAGACAAGUGUUGCUAUCGUCUGAGCAAAUGUUGGAACGUUUAGAGACUCGGUGUUUCAUGUUUUGGGUUGGCUGUUAACUGUUGAACCGAAAUCUUCAUUCUAUGCUUCUUAAAAUUUCAAGUACAAAUUGAUGGAAGAAUGAUCUACAAGUAGUCAUUUAUGAUUUCUCGUCUAGGUGUAAACACACACUGCAAGCAGCAAUAAUUAGAUCCUCGAUAAUUAUCGUUUCUGGUUUCGCAACAACUAAAAAUGUGAGCUUUUUAGUGAGGGUGAAUCUACCGAAACUGAAUUAUGACUAAGUGCUCUUACAAAAAAUGUUAUCUACGUGACAAAGCUAGAGAUAUUGAUAAGCCAUGAUUCUUGCCUAAAUGCGUUGUGACCUCCGUUAUGUUAGUUGCCAUAGAAUUAUUGAUGUAAUUGUGAAUUAGUUCGAGUUCGCCGCCAAGAUGAUCAGAAUUUCUAUCUUGGCGCCGCAUGGAGUUUUUUUGCCAUUUGUUUUUUGAAAAAUUGAUUUUUCUGGAAUCUCCACAUUUUGUCAAAACUAACAGAUCUGAUUGAUGUUGUAUUUUAUUAAAUCUAUAUACAUCAUGUCCGAUA